UCCUUGUGCCCUUGUUCUGGAAAAACAACCUCAAAAUUAAAUUAGUUAUGAAAUAGCAGCAGAAUUAAAAUGAAUGCUUCUGAAAUUCGUUUAUUCGUCGGUAACAUUCCUGAGAUUGCAAAUGAGCAAGAAGUGUUCGCUGCAUUUUCGACGUUUGGAGAAAUUAUUAAGUUUGAUUUAAAGAGCAGAAACGAAGGCGAAAACAAAAAGUCUUUUGCAUUCAUCACUUUAUCUGCCUCUAACAAGGAAGUGGAAUCAUGCAUCAAACACUUUUCAAGCCAAAGUUUUAAAGGCACCAAGUUAUAUGUGACGCGGGCGCGAGAAAGUUUCUUAGAGAGAUUGGAAAGGGAGAAACAAUUGCAGAAAGUGGAAAAAGAACAGAAACAAAUUGAGGAACACCAUUCGAAAAAACAUGGUACUUUAAAACUGGGUGAAAAACUAAAUCCACGUAAAAGGAGAGCAGAUACAAAAGCAUAUGAAGCGUUAGAAUACAAAGUUAAAAAAAAUAAAAAGCUAUUGAGAUCAUCGCCACCUGACAAGAAACCUGAACUACCUAUGCACAGGAUUCAAAGAAUUGAAGAUUCAGACAAAAAACGUUUAGAAUCAUUGAAGAGGAAAAGGCUAGAGUAUAUGGAACAACAGUUGAUUAUUAAGUCAGGAUUAGGUGGUAUUGACAAGGUGCAUAACAAAAAAAUUGUAUUUUCUGAUAAUGAAGCAUCUCCAACAAAAAAGAAAUUUUUGUUAGAUCACAGCGCUCAUAAAACUAAAGGAAAAACUCUCUUUGACGACGAUGACAGCGGCGACGAAUUAAAUUUCAACAUCAAGAAGCAUUAUGAGGGCAAAAAGGGACAAAAGGUAUUAGAUUUGCAGUCAAGAUACAAAUCUGAUAAACGUUUCGUCUUAGAUGAAAAAUUCAUUGAAGAUGAAGCCGAGGAAGACUGUGACGGUGUGGAAAACAUAGUAGAUGAGAAAACAAGACAACUGAACAUACUGCAAAAUGUGCUUGGUGUUGCAGUCAAAACUAGCACAAAUAAGGAUGCUGACAAUAAAAAGUUAAAGACCAAAAUAGGAAUGCUUCGUUUUGACCCAUUGCAACCAGAACACGCUAAGUUUUUGGCGCCAGCCGAUGAACUGCAAGAACAGGCAAAAAAGUCAAAAAAGAAAAAAUCGAAAGAUAAACAACAAGAAGACGAACAGCCAAAAGAAACUAAAACUGAAGGUCCCAAGGUUGAAGUGUCUAAGGAACAGUUUUACAAUAUUAGUGAAACAUUGAAAGAGGCAAUAAAAAAACCUGCAAGUUUUAGUUUGAGAAGUUUGUUUAGAAACAAUGAAGAAGAAAACAAAGAAGAAGAAGAAACUACAACAAUGGACUAUAUACCUCUAACAAAGCCAAAGGAUGACUAUAAGAAAUUUAAUAACCCCCUGGAUCCUGGCCAAAGGAAUCCUUUUGUGUAUGAUUCAUCAGAUUCCGAGAAUGAGGAAAAUAAUGAAAUAAAUAAAGAUCAACUAGAGCUUACGCCUGUUGCGACCAAGGCAGUUUGGAAAGAGAAUUUGUUCUUUUCGAAAACAGAUCAGAGACUCGAAGAAGGCUUGACUUUCUUUAAUAAAAUCAAUGCAAAUGAAGUACAAAAAGAAAGGAGAGAACUAAAAUCACUCAUGAAAAAACGGAUCUACAACAAAGAAAGGAAGAACCAGAUGUUCCAUAAGAAAAUUGGGGGUAGAAGAAAGACCAUGAAAAAAUCCUACAGAAAAAAAAGUUAAUUUUUAAAUAAUCAUCAGGAAGU